AUGAGAGGAAGAUCGAAAAACACCCAGUAUAAGUUUGUAAAAGAUGGAUUGCCUGCUAUAAUAAAGAUAAAUAAUGAUCACAAUCACAAUAUUAGAUCUGCAGAAGCACUAUCCUUUUUAAAGCCUUCUGAAGAAUGUAGACCACAGUUUGAAAACUAUUUUAAUGAUGGUUUAGGUAUAUCAGAAUCUAUUAAAAUGCAUGAAUCAAAACUUGAAUUAGAAUAUGGUAUUAACUCUAAUGAAUUGGCUAACGCCACUAUCAAUCCAAAAUAUAGGACAAUUCGCCAUUGGUAUGAUGUUUGGAAAGAAAACAAUUUGGGCUCUUCUAAUGAUAUAAGUGUUUUGCAGAAACUUGAAGAGAAGAAAAAGUAUUAUGAAGAAAACGGAAUUAUUGUUAGGUACUCUGAAAAUCCAUUUGCCAUUUUAGUCAUCACCUCAAUAAUGAAAAGAGCUCACCAACUACCAUUUGCCAAAGAUAUCGCUUUUGUAGACAGUACUUCAUCCUGUGACAUUCAAAGUCAUUCGGUAACAUUCAUGUUAGCACCAUGUGGUGUUAGAGCAGUUCCGUUAGGUAUAUUCAUAACAAAAGGACAGUCGACAGUUGACUAUAAAGCAGCUUUCACGCUUUUAAAGCAGUCAAUGCCUAAUGGUUUUAAUGCCCAAUGGUUUCCCAAACAAUUUGUUAUUGAUGAUAGUGAAGCAGAAAAGCAAGCACUCCAAUCAAUUUGGCCUGAAUGGUGUUUAGUAUUUCGGGAUGCUUCUGUUCAUGGGCACCAAACUAAUAAUUUUUCAGAAGUGAAUGUUCGUAUCUUUAAGGACAUAGUUCUCUCUAGGAACAAAGCAUAUAAUGCCGUUGCAUUAGUAGAUUUUAUUUGUACUUCAUUAGAAGAAUAUUAUCUAAGACGUUUACGGACUUUUGUCAAUGGGAGAAAUGAUACAGCUCGACAUGUAUUUGAAGAUCAGCUUAAACGAGCAGUAAGUAUUAAAAAAGACUCUAUAAAAAAGUUAUCUGAAAAUAUAUAUAGAGUGCAGUCUGAAACAGAAAAUACUUUUUACGAAGUUGAUGUAACAAAUGGAUUUUGCCCUUGCCCUAAAGGAAAACUAGGAGCAUUUUGCAAACACCAAGCUGCUAUUUGUCAUCACCAUGAAAUGAAUGUGCCAAGUUUACCAGCUAUUAAUACAGAAUCACGUUAUUUGUUAGCAAAAUUAGCCUUCUGUGAACAUGUGCGCGAAAAAUCAUUUUACAUACCACUUACUUCAGAAUCAAACAUCAUAAAUAAUAAUACAGCAUUGAAAGAAGGGGUAGACUUAAAUGAUCAUGAAAAUAACUCUGCUCAUGAUUAUUUAUAA